AUGAUUAUACGUAAGAUUCAUUCAAAUCCAUCAGUGAUUACAAACAUGAUUAAUUUCCUUGCUGAUACACGCGAAUUAUUAAUGGAGUCAAUCAUUGAUCCACUUGCAUAUCCCGAAGAAGAGGAAGAGGAAGAAACAUUGUGGUUAAACAAUUCAAAUGAAACAUUUUCGAACUAUACCACAUCAAUUUCGACAAAUUACACAGUUUCCAUCUCCCCUUCCACAUACAAACCACGGCGAACAACACUAUCUGAGGAAGAACAAGAGGCACGAUUUAUGAAAGGCGUUAGUAAUUAUUUUUAG